AUGUCGAGCCGGACAUCGACAUCCACGAUGGCUGCGCCUCAGAGGACAGAAAUGGAGAUACUUGAUUCGACGUCUGUCAAGAGCUUCACCUUCAUCGAGCUCAAACUCGCAACUAGGAAUUUCAGACCGGACAGUGUGAUCGGAGAAGGUGGGUUUGGUUGUGUUUUUAAAGGCUGGUUGGAUGAAACCAGUCUCGCACCAACUAAACCGGGGACUGGUUUAGUCAUUGCUGUUAAAAAGCUUAACAACGAAAGUCUUCAAGGCCACCGUGAAUGGCUGACGGAGAUCAAUUACUUGGGAGAAUUGAGUCACCCAAAUCUAGUGAAACUGAUUGGUUAUUGCUCGGAGGAUGAGCAACAUCUUCUUGUAUAUGAGUUUAUGCAAAAAGGAAGUCUUGAGAAUCAUCUAUUCAAAAGAGGUUCAUAUUUUGAGCCACUACCGUGGUCUCUACGGGUCAAGGUUGCGCUUGAUGCAGCAAAGGGCCUUGCCUUCCUCCACAGCGACCCUGUCAAAGUGAUAUACCGAGACUUAAAAACCUCCAACAUCUUGCUUGACGCGGACUACAAUGGGAAACUUUCUGACUUUGGACUAGCUAGGGAUGGUCCAGUGGGUGAACGAAGCUAUGUCAGUACAAGGAUUAUGGGUACACAUGGUUACGCGGCUCCUGAGUAUAUGUCAUCAGGUCGCUUAAAUGCAAGAAGCGAUGUGUACAGUUUCGGAGUUGUGCUUCUAGAGAUUUUGUCAGGUAAACAAGCGUUGGACUAUAACAGGCCGGCUAAAGAAGAAAACCUUGUGGACUGGGCUCGACCGCACCUCACAAGCAAACGCAAGGUUCUCCGAAUCGUGGACCCUCGGCUAGAGACACAGUACUUACCUGAAGAGGCAGUGAGAUUGGCUAGCAUUGCGGUGCAGUGUAUCUCAUUCGAACCCAAGUCACGUCCAACCAUGGACCAAGUGGUCCGUGCAUUGCAACAACUUCAGGACAACUUGGGAAUACCGACUCAGCCUGAUCCGGUUAAGGAUAACAAGAAACAUGGUUUUAAAACCAGAGCUAAGUUACCAGAAGUAUAGGUUAAAUUUUUUAUUUUUUCUUGUAUUGUUGUAACCACUGUUGAUUUUUUUUUCUUGUGUUGUUGUAACCACUGUUGAUUCUUUUGUUCCUCAAUACAUUUUUUUUAUAAAAACUCAAAUGAAGUUGGAGUGUAAAUAUACUCGGUUU